GCUUUUAUGAAAGGUUUUUUUUCUUCUUCCUCUUCUUUUUAAUUCAGGGGUUGUGGUUGUUUGUUUUGUGCAGCUGAAGUUGCAGGUGAUCUCUCUAAAUGACUUUGGGGAGAAAAAUGCUCAGAAGUGUGGGAUUUUUCUUCUUUUUCUUCUUCUCUUUUACGCACGCUGGUAAUCAAAAUCCCUUCUGGCUUCAGAAGUGAUUUAAAAAAAAAAAAAAAAUCCUCGUAGACUCUUCAUUCCGCUCGGGGGGGUUUAGAUAAGAGUCCAACCAGGUGCCUUACAUAACCUCGCCUGGCUGAGCCCGGCCGCUCCGCUGUGUGCCAGCGCGCAAAAACGCGGCGCAAAGUGUUAUUUUUCCACAUAAUUUCGCUCUGAUCGUCACGCCGAAGUGUUUGGUUGCUUCCGAAAGGCUUCAAACACAUUGCGGGGUUUGAUCUAGCUCAUUUCUCUUCUUUUUUCCCCCCUCAGUCUGAGCUGGAUGUGUCCACGACUUUCUCGGUCUGUACUUUUCCACUACCAGCGGCUUUUUUCUUGGCACCGGGCCUCCCUCGGCUCAGGCUCUCCCCUCUCUCCCAGUCUUUUGUAUACCGAGGGAGCCUGCGUCACUCUCGGUCGUUUUAAUUGAGAGGCGGCCAAACAGUGAAGCUGAUAGGGUCAGCGAGGUGGCUAUCAGAUUAUUUGUACAGGGGCAAGUUGCAAACCCAAGAAGAGAGAGGAGGUGGUGGUGGGGGAGGCCGGAUGAGGAGGAUGGAUUACAGCCUUACGGAAAUAAUCAGCAACUUGGAGAAUAAUCUCGAACUUUCCUGCACAGUUUCUAUUAAGAAUCUGCAGUUUGUUCUCUCCUGGAACACAUGUGCUCCUUCAGUGGACACAUCUGGAUGUCAUUAGCUUAUGGGAUGGAUCCCUGCACUCUUAUGUAGGCUGAAAUCUGGCUGUGUGUGUGUGUGUGUGUGUGUGUGUGUUGCCGUGUGACGCAUGGGAUGUUAAACAAAGUUGCACAAACAUAUGGGCAAAAAAGUACAGAGUGGCCUCACACCACACUGACUGGUGCUAGGCAACUUUUUUUCCUCCUUUUUCCUAUGUUUUUUUUGUUUUUUUUCCUUUCACUUUUUUGACGCAACCGCAACUCGAGGUGCGGCGAUGACGCGCUGCGGGCGCAACGGCCUCCGAUUGGCCGAGCACGGGAUCGAUCAUCCUGUCGGGAACUGUUUGCAGGGGAUCACGCCCACCAGGGGGUGUGGGUGUUUGCAUGGGGUGGGCGGCUCCUCCCUCUCUCCUCCAUCCCUCCCUCCCUCCAUCCCUCAGCCUGGUAUAAAGCCAGAGUCAAAACCAAGGUGGUUUACAUUUUUGCCUUUGGGCUGCUGAGCUGCAGUUCGACUCAUCACAUCAUGACGAUCAAAACAGAAGCAGAGAAGCCCGUCUUGACUUACUCCAAGUCUAGAGGGCUAGUGGCGCUAGUCACCGCUUUCAUGAAACAGAGGAGGAUGGGGCUGAACGACUUCAUUCAGAGGCUCGCCACGAACUCCUACGCCUGCAAGCAUCCUGAAGUUCAGUCCAUUCUGAACCUGAGUCCACCGCAGGAUCCUGAGCUCAUGAACGCGAACCCGUCUCCUCCUCCCAGUCCAUCCCAACAGAUCAACCUCGGUCCAUCCUCCAACCCCUCUGCCAAACCCAGCGACUUCCACUUCCUCAAGGUGAUCGGCAAGGGCAGCUUCGGCAAGGUGCUGCUCGCGCGCCACCGCACGGACGACCAGUUCUACGCCGUCAAAGUCUUACAGAAGAAGGCCAUCCUCAAGAAGAAGGAGGAGAAGCACAUCAUGUCGGAGAGGAAUGUGCUGCUAAAGAAUGUCAAGCACCCGUUCCUGGUUGGCCUGCACUACUCCUUCCAGACGGCCGACAAGCUCUACUUCAUCUUGGACUACAUCAACGGAGGAGAGUUGUUCUACCACCUACAGAGAGAGCGCUGCUUCCUCGAGCCAAGAGCCCGGUUCUACGCAGCAGAGAUCGCCAGCGCGCUCGGCUACCUCCACUCCCUCAACAUCGUCUACAGAGACCUGAAGCCAGAGAACAUCCUGCUGGACUCGCAGGGACACAUCAUCCUUACAGAUUUCGGCCUCUGCAAGGAGAACAUCGAACCCAACGGGACCACGUCGACCUUCUGUGGUACGCCAGAGUAUUUAGCUCCCGAGGUUCUACACAAGCAGCCGUAUGACAGGACAGUGGACUGGUGGUGUUUAGGAGCUGUUCUCUACGAGAUGCUCUACGGCCUGCCUCCGUUCUACAGCCGCAACACGGCGGAGAUGUACGACAACAUCCUGAACAAGCCGCUGCAGCUGAAACCUAACAUUUCCAACGCAGCCAGACACCUGCUGGAGGGCCUGCUGCAGAAGGACCGAACCAAGAGGCUGGGCUGCACGGAGGACUUUAUUGAAAUUAAGAACCACAUAUUCUUCUCCCCGAUCAACUGGGACGAACUCAAUGCCAAGAAAAUCACCCCUCCUUUCAACCCCAACGUGACGGGACCCAACGACCUGCGGCACUUUGAUCCAGAGUUCACAGAUGAGCCGGUGCCCAGCUCCAUUGGCUGCUCCCCAGACAGCGCGCUCGUCACGGCCAGCAUCAAGGAGGCAGCCGAGGCCUUCGUGGGCUUCUCCUACGCCCCGUCUAUGGACUCCUACCUAUAGGAUUUAAACACAGGCACUUCAUACGGACGCCUGUUUAGACUUACAGGACGUGAACUGUGGCAUGUCCAUGGACUUGCAUCUUGACCCCCACCUUACAUUUCCCAUCAGGAUGAUGAUGAUGAUGAUGGAUGUUUUUUCCGAAAAAACCAACCCCCCUUGCACCUGCGAAGAAUUUCUACACAUGUACUUGCCAUGAUCUCUCCAACUCUUGAAUGCGUUGCGAAGAGUUGCUACAAGAGGAUGUCUGCCAUGAUUCAGUGACUCAUCGGGGUUUGAAAUCCUCCAGUCUUACCCUGAUUUACCAACGCACAACUUCUUCGUCAGACACAAACGCUCUGCAGCCUUCGAUCGCCCGUCUCUUACCCAAUAGUGGAGGUCCUUUGCACACAGCUGAGGCAGCUUUGAAGCCCACCUCGAUCCUUGAAGCCACAACCGACAAGCACACUCACACACACACCAACUUCCACCUUUUCUCAACAGAGGAAGGCUGGACCGCACUGUACCAGCCCUGACAAGGAUUUCCAUCUUCCAUCUAUGUAGCGAUACACCUUCCCUCUUUUGAGAUUCUGUCCAACCGCCCGCAGGGACCGACUGUACCGGUUGUGGUCGAGUAGCUUGGGGGUGAUGUUCGUUUUGGUGCUUUAGUUUCUUCUCAUUUUAUUUCCAUGUGUUUGAAAAAAGGGAGUCAUUUGAAGCAUAAUGUUACAGAGGGGGAUGUUCUUAUUUUGUUUAUUUUUUUCUCUCAAACGUGCCUUUGUUUGUUCUCUCCAUCAGAACUCGCAUCUUUUUGGGGUUUUUUUUCGUCCGUAAUGUCUUUGGAAAGUCACCAGAGAGGAACGAUGUAGCUCUGAAUUAAUGCACCUGUUCUGUCUUUUAACGCGUGAGACGUAGAGACUCAAGCGGUGUUUCAUAUCUUCGUUUGCACAUGAAACAACGACGACGUUAAUGCUGAUUGAGAGAGAGAAAAAGAGAGAGCACUGCUGCUAGGUGAGAAAGAGAGGCGUUUGCGUGGUUCUGCUUGCCAACAGUGUCCCCCUCAUAUAGUCUUCCAUUCGCCUCACAGUGAACGUUAACGAUGGCCCUUCGGCCGAGCUGACGACAUCGAGAACUGAACAUUCCAUUUUAAUAUUGCUGUAAUGCAGUUUGACGGUAUUUAAGUUUGUUUGUAUAUUUGGAGUCAUGUGUACUAGUUUUAAUGUAUAUUGAACAAAAAAUGACUAAAGGUAUGCUUAAAUAUGUAUAUGUAACAAUUCAUGUUAAAUGUACUGUAAAUUGUAAAAUUGUUUAAGAUUUAUGUGACCAUGUUCGGUUUGCAAUAAAAGUUUAACUUUAUUACACCUUA